CAUCAUGCGCCGUCUUUCCUUUCGAGUCUACACAUAGCUAAGAUGGUCCGAACUGCAGAUGGAACAGUCGCCGGUCGAAUAAAGUUCCACCAUCUCACGGCGAACAGCAUCGAUAUCAUAGUAAACGGCCGCGACUUGACGUUAUCGUCAAGCUAUAGCCUUGGACACCACCGCAGAUGGGGCUUUCAGUCGUCAGUAACCGGCAGCUGCGCGGAACGUCUAUACUGGAAGACGGAUAAAGUGGGCAGUGCGACGCUCGAGACGGCGAAGUUCAAGCACGAACGGGCGAUCGCUAUGGUCCAAGGGGACUUACUGAGCUUUCGGAGAGGCAACUUCAGCCGAGAACGAUACGAUGAGAUCGUGGUGACUGCCAUUGCUGCAAUGGAAGCUACGAGGAGGCAGGGUAAAGCGGGUAAAGGGAAUGCCGCCGAGAGUGCGGCGGGUCGCCAUAGGUAGCAUUUGCC